AUGACCGAGACAGACCGCUUCGAUAGCAUGCUGUUAACUAUCGCACAGUCUCAGCGCGGCAUCGAGCCGCUGUUGGACACGGUAUUCUCGUUCCUGCGGCGCAAAACUGACUUUUUCUCGGGAGCUGAGCCACAGAAGCAGCAGGAAGCUGAGAAGCGACGAAAGCAAGAGGAGAAAAGGCAAAAGAAGGAGAAAGAGGAGCAACAAGCUAGCGUGCCGCGUUUUGAAGAGAUUACGGACGACGAAGCAAAAGAGGCCACACCCGAAUCAGCGUCAUCUCAGAAGGCAGGCACGACGACGAAAGGAGAUGAUGAUGAGGAAGAUAGUGGACCGCCACUUGUGGGCAACGGAGGCCAAACUGACAAGUAUGUGUGGACACAAACGCUGCAAGAGGCACAAGUCAACUUUGCAGUCCCUGAAGGCACCAAGUCUCGUCAAAUUGACGUAGAUAUUCGAGCUAAAAAGCUCCGAGUGGGUCUGCGAGGCGGCGAGACAUUUGUGGAUGGAUCGCUGUACAACAAGGUGAAGGUAGAUGAUAGUUUCUGGACGUUGGAGGAUGGCAAUCGCAUUUGUGUCUAUCUCCAGAAAGACAACCAGAUGGAAUGGUGGAAAACCAUUAUCCAGGGUGACGCGGAAAUUGACACACAAAAAGUGCAGCCAGAGAACUCAAAGCUUGAUGACCUGGACUCGGACACCCGUCAAACAGUUGAGAAGAUGAUGUUUGACCAGCGUCAAAAAGCGAUGGGACUCCCGACGAGUGACGAUAUGCAAAAGCAGGAUAUUCUGCAAAAGUUUAUGGCGCAACACCCUGAGAUGGAUUUCAGCAAAGCCAAAAUUAACUAG